AUGUACCAGCCCUGUCGUGGGGUGGCCAGGCGUCUCGGCCCAAGCCUCCGCGCCUACCAAGCUCGACCCCAGGUAAAAGACUGCAGGCGGGGAGGGGAGGGGGCGGGGAGAGACCCUCAGCCGGCGCGUGGGCCAGAGAGCGCCCCGCCUCCGCGCAGGCGCAGCAGCGUUUCACUGCCCUUUCCCACCUGUGCCGGGCGGCGCAUGGAGGGGCUCGAGGCCCGGGGUCCGGGGCUUGGGGGUCUGACACACGCCGGACGUCGGUUCUCGGGGGUGUGGGAGCGGACAGGCGGAGUCAAGGCUGGGAUAACGGGGCGCGUCCUCUUGCACCCGGGUCUGCGCUUACCUGAGGCUGGAGGUGAUUUGAAGGGCAGUCAUGGGCGGUCCUGGCAGCACAGCCGGCGGGUGACCCGGUUCGGGUCCCGGCGCCCUGGUGGGCAAGAUGGCCACGCCUCCGGCUGAGCCGACGCCUCGGGGACACCGUCGGCGACAGAGGACCAGCUUUCCCCACGGGUGCUACCAUUCCCACCACUUUGGCCCCACUCCACAACAACCAUUUCUCCAUCUUCUCCCCUUCUCUGGUCGCCCCCAUCCCCUUCUACUCUGCCACUUCCCCAGGCUCCUCCAUUACCUCUCCCUCAAAAUCAGGUCCCCCACUCACCGUGGGUGAUCCGGCCUCCAGAAAUUGUGGAGGAGGGACCAGGACCUGAGUUGUACAGGGGCUGCCUGGAUGGGCUUAGACACCUCUUUGAGGGACCUCCUUGCCCCUAUCCUGGGGCUUUAAUGCCCUUCCAAGCCCCUGGGACUGCCCACCCUUCCCCUGCCACUCCAUCAGGGGACCAAAGUAUGGAGGAGCACCUGGCUGUCAUGUAUGAAAGACUGAGACAAGAGCUUCCCAACCUCUUCCUUUAUUCCCAUGACUACACACUCUACUCAUCCGAUGUGGAAUUCAUCAAUGAGAUCCUGAACAUACGUACCAAGGGCCGGGCAUGGUACAUUCUAUCACUGACCCUCUGCCGUUUCCUGGCCUGGAACUAUUUUGCACAACUUCAGUUGGAGGUUCUACAGCUGACCCGCCACCCUGAAAAUUGGACUCUACAAGCCCGUUGGCGGCUUGUGGGGCUACCCAUCCACAUGCUAUUUCUGCGUUUCUACAAGCGUGACAAGGAUGAGCUUUAUCGGACCUAUGAUGCCUAUUCUACCUUCUACCUGAAUUCCAAUGGCCUCAUUUGUCGCCAUCACCUAGAUAAACUGAUGCCUUCACACUCACCCCCAACGCCUGUGAAGAAGCUGCUGGUGGGAGCCCUGGUGACCCUGGGGCUAUCAGAACCGGAACCAGAACCUAACUUACACUUGUAUCCCAAGGCCUAA